UCGCCUGACACCUAUCCAGAUAAGGCGCGUGCCACGGCCACGCCUGCUGCGCAAGCCGUUCCAAAGCCAACCUCGGCGCGGCCACCAAUGGACACCACCGCCUCAUGGCGCCUCCUCUCCUCGGCAUCCUCCUCGCCGCCUCGCCACCUUCAGCUACCCAAACGGCAAGCAACCUUCGCGGCAUCGCCACAGCACUCGGCCAACUCCAACGCCAUGUUCAGGAGGCUCCUCUGCCUCCGCGAUGACAAGCCGGCGCCGACCGCGGAGAGCUCGCAGCUGCAGAGGCUGGCGGCGGCGUUGCAGUGGGGCGCCGUCUGGGCUGCUGUUGAGGCGCCGGCGGCCCUGGCCGUGACCGGGGAGGAGGACAUCGACCUCCUGGCGAUCCUGCCGCCGAUCGCAGUAUUCGCCUUCCUGUACUUCCUCGUUGCUCCUCCGCUGAUCAUGAACUGGAUGAGGUUGAGGUGGUACAAGCGCGGCUUCGUCGAGACGUACCUGCAGUUCAUGUUCACCUACAUCUUCUACCCCGCGCUGAUGUUCUGGGCGCCAUUCGUCAACUUCCGGAAGUUCCCGAGGGAUCCAACCAUGAAGUACCCUUGGUCCAAGCCAAAGGAGGGCACGCCGCUGUUCAAGGACAGAUACCCGCCUAUAGACUCCUAGAAAUAAUGUACUACUCGUAUAGGCGCAUGCAUCACGGACAGCAUUUCUUUACCUGAAUCUGUGAAAAACAAUAUCGCGAUCUACAUGGGACAGGUGCUCCGGAGACUGGACUCUCGGGUGCAGUGAUAAAUCACGCAUAGAAAGGGGAAGAACCGUGCGUUUUUUCUUGUACA